AUGUCGACCUCCCGCGAAGACUCCGUCUACCUCGCCAAGCUUGCUGAGCAGGCUGAGCGCUACGAGGAGAUGGUCGAGAACAUGAAGGCCGUCGCUUCCUCGGACAAGGAGCUCACCGUUGAGGAGCGCAACCUCCUCUCGGUUGCUUACAAGAACGUCAUUGGCGCUCGCCGUGCUUCGUGGCGCAUCGUCUCCUCCAUCGAGCAGAAGGAGGAGUCGAAGGGCAACGAGGCCCAGGUCGCCAUGAUCAAGACCUACAGGGAGAAGAUCGAGGCCGAGCUGGCCAAGAUCUGCAAGGACAUCCUCGAGGUUCUUGACAAGCACCUUAUCCCCUCGGCCGCCUCGGGCGAGUCCAAGGUGUUCUACCACAAGAUGAUGGGUGACUACCACCGCUACCUUGCCGAGUUCGCCACUGGUGACAAGCGGAAGGACUCGGCGGACAAGUCGCUUGAGGCCUACAAGGCGGCUUCGGACGUUGCCGUCACCGAGCUCCCCCCGACGCACCCCAUCCGUCUCGGCCUCGCCCUUAACUUCUCCGUCUUCUACUACGAGAUCCUCAACAGCCCAGACCGCGCCUGCCACCUCGCCAAGCAGGCGUUCGACGACGCUAUUGCCGAGCUCGACACCCUCUCGGAGGAGUCCUACAAGGACUCGACCCUCAUCAUGCAGCUCCUGCGUGACAACCUUACGCUCUGGACCUCUGACAUGCAGGACAGCGCCGAGGAGCCCAAGAAGGAGGAGGAGUCCAAGGAGGAGGCUGCCUAG